UGGACCGGCGCCCCGUGGGUCGGGGGCCCCGGGAGGCCGUUCCGCGACCCCCACUUACCCCGCCUCGCUCUGCAGCGUCGCCAGCCCGUCCCGGCUGCUGGAGCAGUGACCCCGCCCUCGCUCCCCUCGCCAGGCCCGCGCAGGGACGAGCCCUCGCUGCGCGGGGUCUUGGCCUCGGCCCGCGGGUUUUCCGCGGUCGCGGAGGGCGGGGCCGGGGCGGAGUCGGCGACUAUUUCAGGCUGCGCGGCGCCCGGGCCAGUACAGCCGCGGCCUGGCCCGGACACGGACUGAGCCAGGGUGAUGCUGAAGAUGAUGACCUUCUUCCAAGGCCUUCCUGGCCAGCAGUCUGUGCUAGGGACUCUCAACUUUCCUGGAAGCCCACAAAAGUUGCCCUCCGUAUCAGAGAGUGAGUCAGAGGCCUCCAUGUCAGAGGCCUCCUCUGAGGAUUUGGUGCCACCUCCCGAGGCUGUGGUAGCUCCAGAUCAGGAGCAGCAAGAGGCUGCAAAGAAGAAGAAGCCCACGGUACUGUCCAAUAUGUUCAGCAUCUUCACCAAAGGCAAGAAGAAGAGAGGUCAGCCCAGCUUGGUUGAGCCCCCGCUGGUACCUGAGUCCAAGCCAGGGCUGGAUGGCCCUCCUAUCCCCACAGUGGAGGAGCUCAAGGCGGCCCUGGAGCAAGGGCGGCUGGAGGCAGCGCGGCCGUUGCUGAUGCUGGAGCAAGAGCUGGCAGCGGCGGCGGCGGGGGGCGCGAGCGAGGAGGAACUGGUGAGGCGCCAGAGCAAGGUGGAGGCGCUGUACGUGCUGCUGCGGGACCAGGUGCUGGGUGUGCUGCGGCGGCCGCUGGAGGCGGCGCCCGAGCGGCUGCGCCAGGCGCUGGCAGUAGUGGCGGAGCAGGAGCGUGAGGACCGCCAGGCAGUGGCGGCGGCGGGGGGCGCCGUGGUGGAGCGGCUGAAGCCGCUGUUCCCCGCCGAGUUCGGCGUGGUGGCCACCUAUGCUGAGAGCUACCACCAGCAUUUCGCUGCCCAUCUGGCCUCCAUGGCUCAGUUCGAGCUCUGCGAGCGUGACACCUACUUGCUGCUGCUCUGGGUGCAGAACCUCUACCCCAAUGACAUCCUCAAUAGCCCCAAGCUGGCGGAGGAGCUUCAGGAUGUCAGUCUUGGGAGCCUUCUGCCCCCAAAGCAGAUUCGGCUGCUGGAGGCCACGUUCCUGUCCAGUGAGGCUGCUAAUGUGAAGGAGCUGAUGGCCCGAGCAUUAGAGAUGGAGUCACAGCACUGGGCCCAGGAUGUGGCUCCCCUUAGGCUGGAUGGUCACUGCCAUAGUGAGCUGGCCAUCGACAUUAUCCAGAUUGUCUCCCAGGGCCAGGCCAAGGCCGAAAACAUCACUCCUGACUUGGGCACACAGAUGAAGCAGGUGCUGCUGGUGGAACUGUCUGCGCUCCUAAGGAGGUGGGUGUACCCCAGCUGGCAUGGGAGGUGUCUGAGCCCUUCCUUUACAGGGCGUGACCAGACAUCCUGCCUCUCUCCUUCUCAGCCGCUGUUCAAGAGGUUCACACAGACCCGCUGGGCAGUGCCAGAGGAAACCCUAGAGGAAAUUAUUGGCACUGUGGAGGGAAGGCUGCCUGAGUUCUCAGAGCUGCAUGACUGUUUCCGGGAGGAGCUCCUGGAGGCUGUGCACCUGCACCUGGUGAAAGAGUACAUCAUCCGCCUCAGCAAGCGGCGCCUGGUCCUCAAGACUGCCGAGCAGCAGCAGCAGCUGGCGAGGCACAUCCUGGCCAACGCCAGUGUCAUCCAGGACUUCUGCACUAAGAACGGCUCCACCGCAACGUGGCUGAAUCCUGCCCUCCCCACGCUUGCUGAGAUCAUUCGCCUGCAAGACCCUAGUGCCAUCAAGAUUGAGGUGGCAACAUAUGCUACCUGGUACCCUGACUUCAGCAAAGGCCACCUGAAUGCCAUUCUGGCCAUCAAGGGGAACCUAACAAACAGUGAAGUCAAGAGCAUCCGGAACAUCCUGGACAUCAACACGGGGGCACAGCAGCCCUCUAGGUCCCUAUUUUCACUUAUAAAGGUUGGUUAGCUUUUCCUGA